UAUCAGUGCGUUCAGUCAGGGGCCAUAUUGUUGAUGUGUCACAUCGGGAGGAGAUCACUCAAACGGACUUGACACUCACUAUUCAUUAAAGCAGCUAGAAUAUGGCGUUUUAAAUGGAUUUAACGUAACCGUGCCAGCAGCUGAAGGAGAUCAUGGAGCCUUUGGAUAGUCAGAGCGAACUGAGCCCUGCCUCUGAUCCCUCUCCAAGUCCAGAAGUCAGCACGGGUCUGGAAGAGUCAACCGACGUCCUUAGCAAUGGGAGUGAUCCUGUUUUACAAGAACAGGAGGAGGAGACGGAGCCAGACAGUCUUGAACUAGAUGCUUCUCUUUCAGGUAGUGUUGACAAAGAAACUCAAAGACAAGACACGGACAUGGAAGUACAGGAAGAUGAAGGAGCUGGAGAACAUGCACCGGCUGAUGUUAACAUUAGCUGUGAUAGUGGUACAGCCUCCAUCGAAGACUCCAGGACUCAAGAUAAUGCUGGAGAAUCCCUUCCUGCUGUUCUUGAUGGACAAUUGGAAUGUUCUGGGAUUGAAGAAACAACGGAUGCACUUCCACAAUCUUUUCCGUCUGUUUUGAAUGGGACAGAUGAGUUAAAAACAGCCAAUGGGCAGACAGAACUUACCAGAACUCAUAUGACUCCUACAUCAUCGUCUCAUGCCGAGGAACUGCCUGAUGUUGUUUCAGUGCUUCAAAACUCUCAAACCAAUGCCAACUUGAACCCAUAUGACACAGAGUGCAGUAGAAAGCUGUUGUCGGAGAUCGAGCGCUCGCUGUCACAGGAGUCUCUGCUGGAUGAAUUGGAGGAUGAGCUGUUGAACAGUCAAUCUGAGGGCGUUCGGAAGGGAAGUCACCCUAAUGGGCUUCAGAAGGACCAGAACUCCAUGGUUUUAUUCGAGAAGUGUGUACAGUACAAGUACUCGCAGCAGGAGAAAGCAAUCAAGGGGUUGCUUGAAGAGAAUAAGAAACAUCAGGAGCUGAUUCUGGGCAUCUGCUCUGAAAAAGACAACAUGAGGGAUGAGCUGAAGAAGAGGAUGGAGACAGAGAAACAGCAUCUUUACACCAUUAAGAAGUUUGAAAGCCGGGUGGAGGAACUAACGAAAGAACUAAAAGACUCCAGAGACAAACUGGUUCACCAGGAUCAGGCUGCUAAAAAUGCCAUCCAGCAGAUGCAGAGGGAGAUGGCCUAUAGACUCGAACAGGCCAAUAAAAAAUGUGAGGAGGCUCGUCAGGAGAAGGAAACGAUGGUCAUGAAGUACGUUCGAGGUGAAAAGGAAGCGCUAGAUCUGCGGAGGGAGAAGGAACAGCUGGAGAAAAAGCUACGGGAAGCCACAGCAGAAGUAGACAAACAGGCCCGGCGGGGAAACACGCUGGCCCAGGAGAAAGGACGCCUGCAGCAGCUCUAUGACGCCAAGGAGAAUGAGGUGACAAGACUUAUGCGCGAGCUGGAGAAAGUCAAGGAGGAAAUUAAUUCUCACGUCAUCAAAGUAAAGUGGGCUCAGAACAAACUAAAGAGUGAAACGGACUCUCACAAGGAAACAAAAGACAGAUUAAAAGAAACGACAGCCAAGCUGACUCAAGCAAAAGAAGAGACGGAGCAGAUUCGCAAAAACUGCCAGGACAUGAUCCGCACUUAUCAGGAAUCUGAGGAGAUUAAGUCAAAUGAAUUGGAUGCAAAGCUGCGAGAGACCAAGGGAGAGCUGGAGAAACAAAAACAAGAGCAAACAGACCAGCUAGAGAUGCACAAAGCAAAGAUUAAGGAGUUGGAGGAUCUGAAGAGGACUUUUAAAGAAGGCAUGGAUGAACUGACCACCCUGCGGACCAAGGUUAAGUGUCUGGAGGACGAACGGCCACGCUGGGAAGACGAGCUCUGCAAAUACAGAGAGAUCAUUAACAGGCAGAAGGCUGAGAUUCAAAACCAGAGGGAGAAACUCACUGCCAUCACUAGACUAGAAGAGCAACACCAGAGGGAUGAGCAGGAGAUUGCAUCCUUGCAGGAGGAGGUGGAGAAUCUGAACUCUCAGAUCACUGACCUGCAGCGGGACAUUGAAGGCAGCAGGACGAGAGAGGCAGAGCUUCUGGGCUUUACUGAGAAACUGAGCAGUAAAAAUGCUCAGCUCCAGUCUGAGAGCAACAGCUUACAGGCUCAGCUGGACAGACUGAACAGCAGCUCCAGAGAGCUACACAACAAACUAGAGGACACUGAGAGAUGCCUCUCUGACAUGAUGGACAGAUUGAAGACAGAGGAACAACAGAGGCAGGAGGAAGUUCUGGCGUUGCAAACAGAGAGAACAUCGCUUCAAACAGAAACAUCACAACUAAAGACUCGAGUGGAGGAAUUACGAGACGAACUGGUCACACAGAAGAGAAAACAGGCAGUCAACAUCAAAGACCUCACCAAGCAACUCCUGCAGGCUCGGAAGAAGCUGGAGCAGGUGGAGAACGGAGGAUGCGAUCGAGAGGGCAGCAGUAUGGGCAGCCGCUCCAGUUCCUCAGGCUCUCUAAAUGCACGGGGCAGCAGUAUGGAUGAUCGAUCUCCAGAGAAUCAGUCCGGUUCUUCAGUGGUAGUGGUGGACAGCUUCCCCGAGGUGGACAAAGCUGUGUUGGUGGAGCGUAUUGUUAGACUACAGAAAGCACACGCUCGGAAAAAUGAGAAGAUUGAAUUCAUGGAGGACCACAUCAAGCAGCUGGUGGAGGAGAUCAGGAAAAAAACAAAGAUUAUCCAAAGUUAUGUGCUCAGAGAAGAGUCUGGAGCUCUGUCUUCAGAAGCCUCCGAUUUUAACAAAGCCCACCUGAGCCGGAGGGGAGGCAUUAUGGCCUCGCUGUACACCUCCCACCCUGCUGACAGCGGCCUUACUCUCGACCUCUCACUGGAAAUCAACCGCAAACUCCAGGCUGUGCUAGAGGACACCCUGCUCAAAAACAUCACACUAAAGGAGAAUCUCCAGACGUUGGGUUCGGAGAUUGAACGACUAAUCAAACAGCAAAGGCUGCCGGAUGAUACAGCCGGAAGGAAGUGAAAUCAUUGGAGGAGGAAGACUGCUACAGUAAACAGCACAUUCUGUCCAAUCGAGCCCGUUAUGAAACCAUGUACUCCGUUUGGGAUCAAAACUGUGUUUUUUUUUUCUUUCCCAUCAGACAACUUCAGUCUGACAAAUACACUGGAGGCACAGUUUGCGAUCUUUGAGAUGCUUACAUGACACUUGAAUGGAAUGCAAAGAGAUUAACGGGAUUUGCUUUUAUUCACAUCGUGCCCAAUAGCUAUCCAACUUUUCCGUCCCCCAUAAUGCAGCCUCGAUGAGUGGCGGUCAUCAGGUACAGAGAUGAAAUGCAGUCCUAAAUCCAACACCCUGAAGUUGGGUAGAUGAGUGAAUAUUCUCAUCAGCGUGACCUCACUCUCUUUUGAAGAACAAAAUGUCCUGGACUAAUGGAGAAACGCAGAUUCUGCAGCUCUUUAUAGAGCCUUUCAGAGGCUAUUCAAUGCAUCGUGGGUUAAUGGCCGCUUCUCGCCGCUCUCAUUCCCCCCCUCUUGCAAACGUGCCAAUUAAUGAAUGUAUUAUGUAAUGAAAAGGACCCUUGCGUGUAAGCCACACAGCUCUGACCCGGGAGUGUGGGCAACAUUCCUCAUUCACACUGCUGCUCUGUUUCUUCUACACCCGGAUAGCAUUAUCUCUCGCUAAGCACUUAGGCGAGAACGGCCAUGCCAAAAACUACAGUAAAACACAUUAAUCAGACUGAAUAACUACAUCUCAGAACUUUCAAUUCAUUUAGGGCUAGUCUUAAUAGAGCUUGUGGAUUUUAUUAUCAGCUCGUUCUCUCUGGAUUAAGUUGUAAUUAAAUAUUAUUUUUGCCCCCUCUCCCCUUUUCUACCUCUUCUUAUGCUUUUUUGUCUAAAUAUGCUUUUAUUUUUCUGUGUUCUGUCUUUCUUUUUUUUUUUAAAAACACUUGUUUACUUGUGUGUGUGUGAUAGAUUUUUUUUUGCUCCCAAAAGAUACAAAGGUAUAACAUCCCUGUAAAAUGAAUGAGAAUAUGUAAAUAUUAAGGGCAAAAGUGCAAUUUUAACCCUCCUUUUUGUUUGUUCGACUAAGUCGUAAUCACCCCGGCCAGCAUCCCAUUAGAGACUCCAGCAAAAUAGCCCGAUUUCAUGGCGAUGUAACAUAAGGUACGCAACUUCAUACAGAGUUGAAUCCAUUCCAACCGUUGAAUUGUGACCGCCGGAGGCAUUGCUGGUUUUCUUUUCCCUUCUGUCUCUUUUUGAAGGGUUGCAUGAUAAAGAAUCGCCCUAUCAGACUCCACUAAUGGAUUUUCGCCUUUAGAACUUGUAGGCAGCCAUUUGAUGAUUGGUAGAUCGCAAUCGUUUUAGUGCCAUCUUGGGAUUUCUCCUACUUGAGCCGCUAUUGAAAGUGAAAUCACACCAAUGCACUGUGAUAAAGGGUUUAUAAUAACUUGACAUACCGCUAUAUAAGCUUGUCAAGGUCAUAUCAGCCGUUCCAACAUUGAGAGCCUGCGCUGUUGCUCUCAACACUCCCAAAAACACAUUGCAGACAUUCCGGAAAACACAGGAUGAAGGAAAUGAUGCAAUGCUCGCAAAAAAAUAAGCAUUUACACAGAGCUCUUAUUAGCAAAAUUAAGACUUUCUGAAUCUGUUGAUGAUUUAUCGGUGUGCUUUACAUUCAUUAUUUAUUUCAAGUCUCAAAACAAAAGAAAGGUGUGAAUGUUUGUGAAUGGCAAAUUGAAACUGAAGAAGAAAAAAAAACCACGUGUUGAUUCUGUCUCUGGUUCGUCACUUGUACUCUGCUUGAUUGUAUAGUGAGUGAAACUGUGAUUAUAAAUUUGUAGAUAUAUUGUACAAUGGUCCAAUGUUUUUAAAGUCUUCUGUAUAUAAAUGGCCUUUAAAAAGGGGAUUAAAUGAAAAUAUUAUGAUCACU